AUGCAGGCGUACGAGGGCAGCGCGGCCGGACGCCGGGCCUUCGACAGCAUCUGUCCCAACCGGAUGCUGGACCUGCCGCAGCGGCUCCUCGUCAAGCCCGGGAAGCCGGAGAGGAAGCUCGUUCCUCCAUGGAAGUCCUUCUCGGGAUGCGGCGGCUGCAGCCAAGUGUCGGUGUACGAGGACCCCCCUGAAGCCGAGCCCGCUGCGCUGCCAGCCCUCACCACCAUAGACCUGCAGGACCUCGCCGACUGCACCUCGCUGCUCGGCCCCGAAGCGCCUCCUGCUGGUGAUUCUUCCGCUGCGCAGGACCCCUCCUUGCACACGGAAGAUUUCAGCUUGCAGAAUUUCAGAGACGUGGUGGAUGACCUCAUCGCAGAUUCGUCCUCUCUGAUGUCACCUCCCCUGACAGAAGGUGACUUUCCCUUCUCCCCUUGCGGUGUGUCGUCUUUUCGGUCCUGCCUCUCCCCAUCGAUGGACCCGCCUGCCUUGGGGUCUCCGCCGCUGCCGCCACCGCCACCGCCUUGCUCUUCAGACUUGCCUCCACCACCGACCGAGGAGUACUGGAAGGAGGUGGCCGACCAGAACCAGAGGGCCCUGGGGACGGCUCUCAUAGAGAAUAAUCAACUGCACGUGACACUGACGCAGAAGCAGGAGGAGAUCGCCUCGCUCCGGGAGAGGAACGUGCAGCUGAAAGAGCUAGCCAGCCGGACCCGGCACCUGGCCUCGGUGCUGGACAAGCUUAUGAUCACGCAGUCCCCGGCCGAGCCCUUCCAGGUCAAGGCGACGACGAAGAGGAGCCUGGAGGAGCUGCUCUGUGCAGCGGGACAAGUAGGGCAGGGUGGCGCGGAGGUGGACGCCAUCCUUAGGGACAUCUCCCAGCGCUGCGACGAGGCCCUGCAGACCCGCGACCCCAAGCGGCCCCGGCUGCAGCAGGAGCCCGGCAGGAGCAAGGACUGCAGCUCCGGCAGUCUCCACGGCGCCUUCCGAGGCCUGCGCACCGGCUGCAGCGCCGGCUCGGUGAACCUGAGCCGCAGCGAGCUGGAGGAAGGCGGCUCCUUCAGCACGCCCAUCCGCAGCCACAGCACCAUCCGCACUCUGGCCUUCCCCCAGGGCAAAGCCUUCACCAUCCGGACCGCCACGGGUGGUUACAAAUUCCGCUGGGUCCCCAGCUGAGCGGGGACCUGGUCCCCCCUCCCCACCCCCAAACACUGCCCUGUGUCCAGACUGAAGCUUCUGCCAGCGAAUGCGAUUAGGUAGAGCUGUUUCCCACAUCUGGUUUCCAGAAUUCAGCCACGGACACGUCACAGUCAAACUUAGAAGUAUUUCUUUUCUAGCGCUUCGAUUGUUUUAUUUGAGACAGGUGUCACAUAGCCCAGGCUGGUCUCUGACUUGCUAUUAUGGUUGCUUUGAAUGCCCGGCCCUUCCGAUUCCACCUCCUGAGUGCUGGGAUUACAGAUGUUCACCUCCAGACUUUGCUAUUUUUUGUUUGUUUGUUUGUUUGAUUUUUAGACUUAUUUAUUAUUUGUACAGUACUCUCCAUGCAUGGAUGCCUGCAUGUAUGCACCAAUCUCAAUAGAGAUGGUUGUGAGCCACCAUGUGGUUGCUGGGAAUUGAACUCAGGACCUCUGGAAGAGCAGACAGUGCUCUUAACUACUGAGCCAUCUCUCCAGGCCUUAAGAUUAUAGAGUACUCUAGAUUUGUUAGAAAACAGAAUAGUGCCAAGAGAUUGAUGUGAUUGUCCACUAGGGAGGCUCUCUUGGAAUUAUCCAAUCGCCAGUCUUUUAAGGAUUCUAGGUUCAGAAGCUGGGUAUUCUGUUUGAGUAUUUCAACACAUCGCUCAUUUCCCCCAGUCCUCAGAGUACACCUAACUAUGUUACUACUGAAAAUUUUUAUUUCAAUUAAAAAAAAGAAAAAAGACACCUAACUCCCAAAACAAACAGGCAGUGGCACACGUCUUUAAUCCCAGUACUGGGGAGGCAGAGGCAGGCGGAUCCCUGUGAGUUCAAGGCCAGCCUGGUCUACAAAGUGAGUUCUGGGACAGCCAAGGCUACAGAAAGAAACCCUGUCUGGAAAAACAAACAAACAAAAG